AUUAAUUUCUAUUAUGUCCAUAAAUUACGACCUAUUGAAAAUCUAAAUCAAUACACUAACAGAAUGCUAUAUGGAGUAGAGUCAUAAAUCAUUAAUAUUAGAUUUUUCUACUUUCAAUUAAGAAGAACAUUUAAAUUACUUAAAAUCGUAUUCUAUAAAUUUAAUAAUAGAUUUCUAUAUCAACCUCUAAUAGGUUAGGAAACAGAAUUUUAUGAAAAAAAUAAAGAUCGAUUAGAUGAUUUAACAUAAUUUGAAUAAUAAUUUCUUGAAAUUUUCUAUAAUGAUUUAAUAAUUAAGGAUUUUACAUCAGCUGUAAAGAUUAUAUUUAAUUCUACUUUAGAUGAUAUUGUCAAAAGAAUAAUUCACUCGAUAAUAAAUAUUAGAUCCUUCAAAGACACCAUUAGAAUUUUUCUAAACAACUUAAUCAACAAUUAAAAGAGGCUGUGUAGUCAAUGAUGAAAACCCGAAAGAUUUAGCAGCAGAACUUAAAACUUUUGGAUAUUAAACUAAACCUUCAAUUUAAUUGAUUUGUUUAAAGUUGGUUUAUGAUCUUGGAAAAGAUGUAAAUGAAAAUUUAGAUUCUAUUUGUAAAAAAGUUAGAGAUUCAUAAAUGUCAAAUCUUGCUCCAAUUCUAGAUAUUCAAUUUAAAACUGAUAACAUUCAGAAUUUAUAUAAAGAUGCUUAAAAAGCCUAUUCAACUAUUAAUGCAGCACUUUUGAAUCAAGAAGUAGAAACAGAAUAUAUGAUAUUAUGUACUAAUAUUGUAGAUUUGGCGAUUACAUAUUUAGGUGAUACUGAAUUAAAAGGUGAAGAUUAAAAUAGACGUUAUUCAAAUAAUUUAAUUUAUUUUGUAUUGAAAAUUUUGUUUAAUUCCGUUCCACCUAGUUAUGGUGGAAUAUUUUUCACAUUUGAUAGAGGAUUUAUUUAAAGUAAAAAGAUUUUUCAUUUCAUGAACAAUCUCAAUAAAUUUGAUAUAUACAUAGCUUGGCCUUUUGGUGUUAAAUUAAAUGCCAAAGUAUUUGAUGAAGUUGCAAAAAGUAAUACUUUAAAAAUAUUAAAGGUUAUGCAAUUGUUUAAAGAUAAUAAUCAGCGACAAUUACAGUAAAUUAAACUUUAAAGAUAUUCUAAGAAUGUUUUUCCGGAAAAUAUAAGGAUGAAGCAGAAAAAGACAUUCUCUAACCAAUAAAAUUAGGAUAAUGAUUAUUAUAUAGGAU